GGAAUCAGGCACGUGCCAUCCACACUCCCAUCUCUCUCCAUGAGCAUUAGCAUUGCUCAAGUACAAUUGAAAUUACCUUUUGUAUGUACCAUUUCCGGAGUUGAUUCGUCGCGCUUAAAUCUUCCAUUUCUGCAGAGCUUCACAAUCGGUACCUUUUUCCAUCUCGCUCCAGCAGUCCAGCUAAAUACCAAAUUUCACGCCAUACUUCGGAAUAUGAUCAAAGGAGCAGUUUCAGUUGUUGACCAGACAUCGUUUAUGUAUCAUGCUAGGUUUCCAGAUCUAACAGCAGUCAACUUAUACGGGAACUCCUCAUUUCUGCCUUGUAAAUCUGGCACUAAAGCACCAGACUAUGGGGAUCACAUAUUGCUUCUUCAAGGUCGUGGCAAACUCACCCCAAUAGCUGCAUAUAGCAUGCCACCUGAACGCAAGGAUGCUCACCUACAGUGCUCUCCUAAGGAGCCGAAAAAAGAAAGAGCUUCCUCCAGAAUGCAGUCAAGUAUUGACCUUCAACAAAUUGCUGAAAAACAGGGAAACAAAGUGACUAUUCUUGAUAAGCUGAAGACAGUUCAUUUGCACAUCUUAGCUAUGGAACAAUGGAAUGCAUCAAGGCUUAACAUGUGUCACCGAAAUUAUUUGGCAAGUGCUAUAAACCUGUUGCACUAUUUGGCACUAAAAAGCCUGGAUACGGAACAGAUCAAAGAAGAGCUUUCCUCUAUUGGGCUUAUGAAUUUAGAGACGAUAAAUACUCAUGUUCUUUCAAGUCUCGGUGGAUGCAUUGAAAUGCUUAUUAACUCAAGGCCAGAAUCUCUCCUUGGCUUACAAGUUUCCAGUGAAAGCUUCCCUGUUCACCAAAGCUUGGUCGAUAAAAAUGUGGACCUUGGAAUGACUGCGAUGGUGAAAAAGGCAUCUUCUAAUAGAGACAUACUUUUGGGAAAACUUCCAAAUCAGAAAAUGGCUCAUAUCAUGGUAACGGUUGGGCAAGAGGCAGCAGAAAAUGAUACGCAUAUAACAGAUCUUGUCAAUUCAGGGGCCACAAUCUUUCGUAUCAACUGUGCUCAUGGAAACCCAGAGUUAUGGAGUAAGAUAAUCGCUACUGUGAAGAGAUGCUCUCUUAUUCUGGAACAACCUUGUCGGAUCCUUAUGGACUUGGCUGGACCAAAGCUUCGAACUGGAAGAUUGAAGGAUGGUCCAUGUGUGGUUAAAAUCUCUCCCAAAAGGAAUGCACUUGGUAGUGUUAUACGUGGAGCCCAAGUUUGGCUGAGCCCACAAGGAGCAGGCCCACCACCUUCCCACCUAUCCCCCGAUGUUAUUUUGCAAGUGGAUGGUGAAGAAAAUCUCAGUAAGCUGGAAGUUAAUGAUUCUGUGAGAUUCACUGAUGUCCGUGGAAAACACAUAAGUCUCCAAAUCUUAAGCAAAUAUCCUGUUUUUUCCGGUGCUGGAUUUAUGGCUGAAUGCAGCAAAACUGCGUAUCUUGAGUCUGGCACUGCAUUAUAUAUUAAGAAGAAAGGAAAGAAAUCUUCAGUUGGAUUUGUGGUCGAUGUUCCUCCAGUAGAACAAUUUGUUAGGUUGAGAGUUGGUGACUUGCUGGUUUUAUCUCGAGAUAGUUCAGACGAGCAAGACACAUCACCUUGUUCAGCUGUUGGCACACAUAAGAUGACUUGCCCUUGUGGGUAUCUGUUUGAUUCAGUAAAACAGGGUGACCCUAUUGCUUUUGAUGAUGGAAAGAUAUGGGGAGUAGUGAAAGGAAAUAGCAUUUCAGAAGUAGUUGUAACAAUCACUCAUGCUGAUCCUAAAGGUACUAAGCUAGGUUCAGAAAAAUCCAUAAAUAUUCCCCAGAGUGAUAUCCGGUUUGAAGGUCUCACUUCAAAGGACCUUAUGGAUCUUGACUUUGUAGCUGCACAUGCUGACAUGGUGGGUAUUUCAUUCAUUCGAGAUGUUCAUGAUAUUGUUGUCUUGCGGCAAGAGCUUUCAAAAAGAAAAAUUUCAAAGCUGGGGGUUGUGUUGAAGAUUGAGACACAAGGUGGAUUCGAGAAGUUGCCUCUCUUAAUACUAGAAGCUAUGAAAUCAGGAAACCCUUUAGGAGUGAUGAUUGCUAGAGGAGAUCUUGCAGUGGAAUGCGGAUGGGAAAAGCUUGCUGAUAUACAGGAAGAAAUUAUGUCCAUUUGCAGUGCUGCCCAUCUACCAGUCAUCUUAGCAACGCAGGUUCUCGAAUCACUGGCCAAAACUGGGGUGCCUACUAGAGCGGAAAUCACUGACGCAGCCAAUGGAAGGAGGGCGAGCUGCGUGAUGCUGAACAAAGGCAAACAUAUUGCGGAAGCCGUGUCUACUCUCGACACCAUUUUGAAUAGCCAAUGCAUGAACGCGAAAGCAGAACUGAAGCCUCUGAUGUUAGUUAACCGUGUCGGUUGAUGCCUUCAGUUCUUCAUUUCUUUUUCUCUCUGUAUAGCAUGUAAAAUCGUUCAAAACCCUCUUUUGCUGGGAUUUAGAUGCAAAAUUUUAGAUACAAUUUACUCU